AUGGAUCUCGCAACCUGGGCGCUGCCUCAGAUAUCGAGGCUAUUACCUAUAGACGAAGACUCCCUAAAGCAGAUCAUCUCGUAUACCGACUCUCUGUCCAACACUGAAGCAGCAGAUCAUCUACAGAACUUGCUGGGAGACAGCCCUCAAGCCCUAGAAUUCAUCACAUCUUUCAACAACAGAAGAAGACCGAGAGCCGGUGCCGGCUCUACUCAAAAUGCGUCAUCCAACGCCACAUCUGAAGUCCCAAAGGCGAAGCCCCGCAAGAAGAAGCAGGCUGGUCUAGGAAAACUCCCGCCUCCACGACAGCCUGACGAUUUCGGCAACGUAUCGGGAGCAUAUCGCAAGAAAGAGGAGGAAGAUUACAUGGCUGGGAGCUCCAAGUCAAAGGCGACAAAAGCUAAUGCUUUUGGGCUUUCAGAUACGCCAGCUGCUGUACAGAAACCACAAACAGCAACGUCAUCACGAGCCGCAACACCCAAAUCUCGAGGCAUCUCACCUGCUCCACCCGCAGCAAAGUUGCCACCCUCAGCCGCAGGGCAGUUGAUCUCCGAGGUCAAAUCAUCCCGUAAUUCAUCACCGAAGCCCAAGGCGAAAGUGAGCUUAGCUGGUGGUACGCCGAUGCAUGGCGCUAGUACCGCACUGAAUGAUCUCGAGUCCGCCAUCAGAGCACUAGAGAUACAAACGAACCCCACACUAUCCUCUCAGGAUAGCAAGAAAAGGAAGUGCAAUUACGCUGCUCCGAACUGCCUGAACUGUGGAAAGAUCGUCUGCGUCAAAGAAGGCAUCGGUCCAUGCACCUUCUGCAAUUCGCCACUUCUGAGCUCCGACGAGAUACAAUCCAUGGUCCGUGUCUUGCGUGAUGAGCGCGGCAAAGAGAAGAUGGCAGCGAACAAUGCAACCCAGAAGCGCCCAGACGUUUCGCUAGCACCACGACCAUUCUCCACACCACGAUCAACAACACCCAUCUCCUCGAAUCCAGCAUCAGACGUCGAUUCAGAGAGCGAGAAGCUAGCCAAAGCGAAGCAGCAUAGAGAUAAGCUGCUCGCCUUCCAAGCACAAAACGCCAAGCGUACUCAAGUCCACGAUGAAGCCGCAGACUUUGAAACCACAACUGCGGGUCUCAGCAUGUGGGCAUCGCCACAAGAGCGCGCCAUGCAGCUCAAGCGCCAGCAAAAGGCGCUAAGGGAACAAGAAUGGAACGCCCGACCAGAUUACGAGAAGCGCAAAGUCGUAGCCAGCAUUGAUCUCGCAGGCGGAAAGAUUGUGCGCAAGAUGGCAGCGACCGAGCGGCCCGUGACGCCCGAAAGCGAUGACGAACCUGCUUACCCAACAUCUACUCCUUUCGAACACGGCGCCAUCUCAAGUGGCAGCGGGGCGUUUGCGAGGAACCCACUGCUGGGUGGUCUGAUUAGACCGACAAUCAAGGUUGAAGAGAGCAAAGGCAAAGACAAGGAGAGCGGAAGGAAGCAGGCUUGGAGGAGAGUGCAGGACGACAACGACGACAACGAACAAUGGAUCUUGGAUGGAGGUGUGUACGGUUCAAGAGCUGAUAAUGUAAGCCUCGAAAUGGAUGGGUUGAAAUAG